UAUUUGAUUUUAUUUACUCUAAAGUGGUAUCAGUCAAAAAAACACAGUAAAUUAGAGUUUUGGUGUACGGUGUACACCCGUUAGGUGUAAAAUUUCAUUACUUUACACUAAAAGGAAUUCAGCCUGACAUUAAGUAUGCAUGGAAACCAUGUUUGCACAGACAAAUCUUCAUCGCUAUGGUGCAGAGAUAAUAGUUUUCUAUGCAAAAGCCCAAACUGGAUUUCUCGUAUGAUUGAAAAUUGUCAAAGAACUUGCAAUUACUGCACAAUGACUCUUCCUCCUACAACUACAUCUGGCACCACAACUACAUCUGAAUGUGGCAAUCCUAGAUUUCAAACUGGUCGUGUAAUUGCUGGAGCAACUCCUAAGAAAGGUGCAUGGCCUUGGCAAACGUUACUUUUUGAAAAUGGAAUAGAGUUUUGUGGAGGCACACUUAUUCAUAGAGAAUGGAUACUAACAGCUGCUCAUUGCAUACAUGGCAAAGAAUACGAACCAGCACAAAUAGUAAUUAGGACUGGUGAACACAUUAUAGAUGUUAACGAAGGAACCGAAGAAAACAUUGAAGCUGUUAAAAUUAUAAAACAUAAAGAAUACAAUCCAUUAACACAUGACAAUGAUGUUGCACUUAUAAAGUUGGCAAGACCUUGUAAACUAAACAAUCACGUCAGCACUGCGUGUUUACCUUCUAAUGAAGCUACAUUAGGAACUUUGUGCUUUAUUACAGGUUGGGGUAAAACAAGUCAUCCUGGAAAUAUGACAAACGUUCUCCAGCAAGGAAAAAUGAGUAUUGUGGACCAAACAACCUGUGAAAGUUUAAACAGACAAACUAUACCUCAUCCUAUAACUAAAGCCAUGCUUUGCGCAGGUGACGGUGGAUUAACUCGAAUGUCUGGUUGCCAUGGUGAUAGCGGUGGCCCUUUAGUUUGCAGCAUUGGUGGACGGUGGUCUGUUCACGGCACUGUUAGUCACGGAUCUGGAGAAUGCCGUUCGGACGAAACUUACACAGUCUUUGCAAAAGUUAGUUACUUUAAGUCGUGGAUUAGUUCAAUAAUAACUAAUGACAAUUAGUUUUAGUAAUAAAACUUUUUAUUGAAAAUUGACAACAACCAAUCAGUUAAAAACAAUUUUUCUGGUGUACAAAAUUAAACAGAAUUAACUAAAAUUAAUUAACUUACUAAAAA